AUGUCGUACAACGGAGGCGGCGGCCAACCUCCGUAUCCCCCUCGCCCAGGCAACUUUCCGCCUUUCCGACCAAACCUCCCGCCGGGAGCUCAGCUGCCGCCCUUUCCGCCUGCUCAUCAUCCUCCACCCUUUCCGCCCAAGUUUGCCCCGUCGCCGAACGCAGGAUCGCCUCGGUAUGGUCUAGGCUCCCCAGGAGGCCGGCCAUACCACCCCGGGCCUCAAGGGCAGGGGCUUCCACCGCUGCCGUCGGGAUUACCGGGGAACCCCAAUCAGGGGAGUCGUCACAGCGUCUCAUCCGGGCCAAAGAGGGACGUCAAGACCACCAAGGUCUUCGUCGGCAGUAUCGCCCCAGGAAUACGGGAGCAGACUUUGAAGGACCUCCUGAACGCUUGCGGGCCACUUUAUGAGCUCAAGCUCGUGGAAGGAACGGGAGGCAAGCCUCCAGCCUUUGGGUUCGCCUCCUUUGAGAGUCCUGAAGUUGUGUUGCGGGCAAUCCGUUGUCUGAACGGUGUUCAAUUGCCAGAUCUGACGCCUGCUGGCCGUAACAAUCCGCCAAAGGCGCUCGUUGUUAAGGCAGACCAGAAGACUGCAGAGUUCCUUCAGGAGUUCGAGGAGACGCUCGGCCGCUCAGAGGCGAUUGCAAGAAUCGUUGCUCGACUUGGAGACGGUGGCGCCGGCCCUCAGCAGAGCCGACCGAAGCAGACUGGGCGCAACUCGCCCAUAGAAGUGAUCGUUCCGGCCCAUCUGCAGGACCUCAAGGAGGGGGACCUCCCCGAGAACCAGCGGGUGGCCGUGCUAGACCAGAUCGCAGUGUUCCGAGAGAAUGCCGCCAGGCGUGAGCGGGAUAAGAAACACAUCGACGAGGAGCGCGAGCGCGAGAAGGAACGCAUGCGGCUGCAGGCAGCGCAGCGCCAGCCUUCUGCACCUUCCGGGUACGGAUACGGCACCCGCGCUUUCCCUAAGGCAGCCCCUGAGCCGUCAUCCGGACGCACACCCAUGGACAAGACUCCGACAUUUGUGCGGGCUGAGACGUCGGAGGGGCGGUCAGAGAAUGAGAGGACAGAUGAGGAGGAGGAGGCGAUACGGCGACAGAGGCGAGAACGGGACAAAGCUCUUGCAUUACGAGACAAGCGACAGCAGGCGCGAACGCGCGAGGAGCACGACGACAUCGAUGAUCGGCGCAAGGAGGAUGCGGAAAUCAAGGCGCUCGAGGCCGAGUCGGAGCAGUUCUUGCAACGGCAAAUGGAGGAACUGGCAAAGCUGGAGGCGGAGCAGCGGCAAGCUGGUCUGUUGACCGAGGACGCCGCACCCGUCAAGCUCGCCAUCACAACCAAGAUCGAGCCGCCCGUGGUUAAGUCGCCCCUGCCGCAAGUGCCUCAAAAGGCUGCACUCGCCCUCAGCGAUGACGAAGACGAUACUGCGGUGCGGAAAAAGAAACGCGCGCUCGUCAAGCUAGAACAUGAGGACGGUCACGACCAAGUUAUGGAGGACGCGGAGGAGCAGGCAAAGCGUGCAGCACGCCUUCUCGAUAUCCGCAAACACCUCCCGACGCGUCCGCGCGACGUUUUCGCCGAGCCCGUGCACUGGCGCGCUGUGGAGGACGGCCACGUCCACAGGAAGAUUGUCGGUUUCGUCCAGGAGAAGAUCAGGGACUCGCUCGGCGAUCUUGACCAGGACCUUGUGGACUUUGUCAUGGAACAGCUCGGAGAGCGCAAGAGCCCGGAGAAUAUCAUUGACGAGCUCCAGGCUGUCCUCGCCGAGGACGCCGAACCCAUCGUGCUCCAGCUGUGGCGCCAGCUCGUCUUUGAGAGCAAAGCGGCACAGCACAAUGUGUCGACGGGAUCUACGCUCGUCUGA